AUGCACAAAGGCAAGAUAAUGAGAAAGCUCCUAGGGCAUCCUACGGCUACUACGAAUGAAACCAUCGAAGCCAACAUCGACUCGCCACAGCUGCGGCCGAGCGCAUCACAGAACACCGUCUACUCGGCGCGCGCGCCCAUUGCGUGCCUCGACCGGUCUCCCGAUGGCAAGCGUGCUGUAAUUGCCGGUCCAAAAGUCUUCAAAGUCCUCAGAGUAGACGGGUCGACUAUCGCUGAAGACCUCGACCUGCGGAACAUCAUCACGCGCUAUGCGCCUUCGCACGAUAUCACCGCUGCCACGACGGACCAGCUCAACAUCCGGGCAGUCAAGUGGUCGCACAGCAACCUCGACACCACGAUCAUCACAGCGUGUGGAAAUGGGCGGGUUACGCUCUAUGAUCUGAACCAUGUUGGCGAGAAUCUGGAGGUCGCUCGUAUCCACGAGCAUGCCCGCCAGGUGCAUAAACUCGCGAUCAACCCGUUUGGAUGUAACUGGCUCCUCUCAGCCAGCCAAGAUGGAACGGUCAAGAGUUUUGACCUCCGAAGCCCUUUUGCGGGGCGCAAUGGGCCGACAUUUCGAGCGGUACACAAUUUCAAGUGCAAUGCUGAUGCUGUUCGGGAUGUGAAAUGGUCGCCGACAGAUGGAAUGGAAUUUGCAUGUUCUACAGAUGCCGGGAUGGUGUUGAAGUGGGAUAUUCGGAAGCCGACUGCACCGAUCCUCAAGAUUACUGCCCAUCAGAGCGCCUGCUUCUCUAUUUCGUGGCACCCGGAUGGAGAGCAUCUGGUGAGCGGAGGCAUAGAUCAGCAUUGCUAUGUGUGGGAUGUCUCGAAGAAGGCUGAAAGGGGGCAGAAAGCCAGAUACUCCUUUACCACACCUGCUCCAGUCUCUGCUGUUUGUUGGAGACCGGCAUACUGGUCUGCCACCGCUCACGGAAAACGGGCUGCUCAGAUUACUGUUUCCUACGACGAUUCCAAUGUGAUCAGGAGCCAAACAGCUUCUGUACAUCUAUGGGAUAUGGCGAGACCUUCCAUGCCAUAUAAGGAAAUCGAACAGUGGGAUAGUCCACCGACGGGGCUUCUCUGGAGCACCCGGGAUCUUCUUUGGAGUGUUGACAAGGAAGGACAUUUUAGACAGACGGACGUUGCUUUUGUGCCAAAGCUUAUAGACCGUCGCAGUCUCUCCAAUUUUUCGUUAUCACCGAAUGGCGAUGUUCUUAUGGUGCUUGAAGAGCGACAGAACUCAAGGCGGCCCCGUCCCUCGGUGACUUCGCCUGGAAUAUCCUCACCGGGACUGCCCUCGCCGGGAAUCGCCUCGCCUGGAAUGCCCUCACCUGGAAUGUCUCCAGGUUAUCAGCGUAGUUCUCCGGUGCCUCAACUCAGCGUUAGCCGCAGCGAUUCAGAAGAGGACGUUGUGGGGAGCUUUUUGGGUCCCAGGCAACGAAGACGAAGGCACCACAGCAGUCGGUCAGUCCAACAGCUGAGCACUACACCACCUAGCCAUAGCGGAAUGGCUGAAAAUGCCACAAUGCCUUUGGAGGAGGCCGUGAAUAUUACAGGCACCUAUAAACCUCAACAGACUAUGGCUAUCGGGCAUGCACCUUCAACAGCUAAGCGAGCGGUGUACAAAUACUUCAGUAAUAGAUAUCUGGAACGUAUGGCUAGAGAUGCACUCUACGAGCUGCAGCCAGCCAAUUACCGAAUACAAUCAGCGAUGGAGUAUUUUGCUAGGACGGCGGAAACCAUGAGGCAUUAUCGCUUGGCUCAGACAUGGAGACUGCUUGGAUACACGAUGGACCUCCUUUUAACAAGACGUGCAGAGUAUCAUCGAAAGUAUCGGUUGACAGUGAAAGAAGCGCCCUCAACCGAGGAUCUACCAAAACGACCGGAAAUACCAAAGGACUCAGGAGAGGAAACGCCACGAAAAUAUCCACGAGUUUCUCCUUCCGAGAGCCCUUCCCUUCCCUCAAGCUCACUCAUUGCAGAAGAUAUCGAGAGCACAUCGAACGUGGCGACACCUCUUGUGCGUCCUAUGCGCGAUAACUUUAUCCAGGAGAAUCAGGAGGCUAUGCACAACCCGUUCAUGGGAAAUGAUACCUUCCGACUUCCAGAAGCAGCUUCACAAGCAGCCUCACCAAGUCGGAACCCGAGCCCAGUCCCUAUACCAGGGUCAAGUAGACCCUACGAUCGUAACAAUUCAUCAGGUAUGGAGGGAUACGAUUUCUAUGGCAUGGAAUCAUACACUCCAGCCGUUGAUCUCGUUGCCCCAAGGAAGAUGCCUUUCCGACUUGAAUAUCCAAAUCGUGACGAAACUGUUCGAAGAAUGCAGCCGCAACGCCAUGAUUCUGGAGAAAGCUUCCAGAUGUUUUCAACAUCAGGAGAGUCUCAAGCUGGCAAAUUCAUGAGUUCUUCUGGAAGUGAUCGUGGCCACGGCCGUCCAUUACGAGACAUUGUCUCCAGUUGGGAGAGCAGUCUCCCUUCUCAAGCGCAUCGCAAUAGCAUCGAUUCAAGUGCACCUGGGCAGUCUGUUGCAUCUGACGAACAUAUUACUUCUAGCUCGGUUGCAGUUCCCCAGGAAAUUCCGAAAAAAGCCUCACGUAGCCCAGCUCCUCCCAUUUUCCGGAUCCAAGAAGCAUCUGGACCAUCGAAGAUUGAGGAGGAACCUACUAAAAAGUCAGUAGAAGAGGAGACAAUUAAAUCUGCGUUGAGUGAACGGGUAUCCGACGACCCGAAUAUUAUCGAAAACGAUUUUCUACCCUGGCCAAACGACCCGGAAUUCGUAAUCCCGCCCAUUGACCCAGCAGUUCUGGUUCAACGCUCCAUCGAAUUCGAAGCACAAACUGGUGCUCUGAACGCCUCCGCUAUGUUGCUAUUGCUUCGUCCUUUCUUGCCACCCGAAGCAAUCGACCAUAUCCAAGCAGCCGCGAUCCUAAAGCAGUACCAGCAGCGUCUAAACAGCAUGAAGCUCUUCUACGAAGCAGCUUUGUUGCGCAAUCUCUGCGUACCGCUGUAUCCCACCGUCUUUGCCAUGGCGCAGGAGAACACUACCGUCGGCUACUUCUGCACCGAUUGCUACAAGCCUCUGGAGAACGACCCCCUGAUCCCUGGUUCCGUAUGGCGCUGUCCUCGCUGCCAGCAAGCCAUGGACACGUGCGCCGUCUGUCGACACCGCGAACCCCAGGAUGACUUCGGCUACGACGCCGAGGACACCGUAAAUUCCGUUAUUUGGUGGUACUGCCCCGGCUGCGGGCAUGGCGGACACACGGCCUGCAUGGCCGCCUGGCACUCCGGACCGGAGUACGAAGAAGGCAGUAAGCAUUCGGGAGGCUGCUGUCCCCUCGAAGGCUGCAUGCAUCCUUGCCUACCCGGCACGUGGCGGGAGCAGAGAGCCGAGGAGAAGAAAGCCGCGCGACAGAGGGAGCUAGACUUAACCGUUAGGGAGAACACGAGGCAGGGUAGUCGGGGCAGGACGGUGAAGAGGGAUUCGAGAGAGGUCGCUCAGAGUAAGGCGGUCGAGGGCGUGCGUGUUGCCCUGGGCAUCGGCGGGCUGGAGAAGAAGAAGAGCGUCAAGGUGGUUGCGCCUGGGGAGCAAAGUGCGGGGUAG